AUGGAUGCAAACAGCCCUCCUGACGACCGUGACGACAAUGGCUCGGGAAAUGAGGAGGACACCAACUCAACCAACGGGGACUUUGAUGGGUUGAAAUUCUUCCCACCUCCUGAUGCUAGCAUCAGCGGUACCGCCGCUGUUGACGAUGAUCCGCGUUUCUAUGGCGCCGUGAUUUUCGGUGAUUUUAGAUUUCUCGAUAAAUCUCGCCCUGCCGACGAUGCUCAGUUUAUCUCUGAUUACCAGGCAGCCCACGGCCACCACCCCGGCUGCUACAAAUGCCUGGAGUGGUUCAUCAAUUGUGAUGCUGACGGCCACCUGUCCGGUUGGUGCCGAAGGGAGAACGAGUCUCAUUCCAAGUGCAUCCAUUGCAUUCAUAGGCAGCACAGGACUUGCCGCCCCGUUCGUAUCCGACAACUUCGCUACUAUGCGGACCUCUUUCAAGAGGUUUUGACCGCUCCUGUUUUCAACAAGGAACGUUUCAAAGCCAUCCAGAGGGACGCCAGGGCCUUCUCCAGAGCUCCCGAUGCCCCCCCCGAGAAUUGCGAGGGCUAG